AAAACCCCAGAUACAAAUCAAUAUAUAAGUUAACAAAUAUCAGUGAGCAACUUUUCAAUAAUCAAACGAAAUUCUAUUCAAUCUCUUCUCUCAUAUCACCGGUGAUACCAUAUCCCCUACUAUCUGCAACCUCACAAAAAUAGCUCGCCGACGACCCUUUGCCACCUUCUGUAACCUCAGACGACCCUUCUUCCUCCCCUGCCAUUCUCCUCUUUUUUUCGACACUGCCUCUCGCUAUCUCCGUCACCACAACCACCCAUCUUUCUUCCUUUUCCCUUUCUUCUCUGCCCACUUACAACUCCCCAACUCCCUCUGGUGUUUAAAUAUUAUACCAAAAGAGCAACAAAAAACAUUCUCCAACCCAUACCAAAUUACAAGAAAUAGACAAUCAAAAUUGAUUUUACCCUUGGUGAUGAAGAUGCAGAAACAACCACUGCCGGGGGGAGAAUUUUCAUCGACAUCAGAAAUCUGGAUCACCGCUGGAACUUAUCGAUAUUGAGAUGCAGAAACAACCACCAUAUGCACCCCGAACUCUAUCGAUAUACAACAUCUAGUUCGUUUUAGGGAUUUGAAGCAGGUGUCUUUCAAUUUUUUUGGUUGUUAAAAACACAGUUGGGUUUUGAUUUGGUGCUCUGGUUUCGUUUAAUGCUCUAGUUUAAUGUGGAUUAGUCCCGAUUUGAUUAUUGGCAUAUGACUAAAAUUCAAGAUUUCAUCAGAUUUGAGGUUUAGAUGUUUAGGAAGAAGAUGGGGGUAAACGUAUGUUUCCGACUACCACCACUACCACCGUUUGAUUGCAGAUCAGAGAUACACCAGAGUUGAGAAACAGAGAUACACUGCAACAGACGAACUAGAGAUGAGAUGAAAGAAGCUUGACGGUGCAAAGUUAAGAAAAUGUUGGUUCGUCGGAACCAUCCAAGGCAGCAUCAUCUAUGUGAGGGUUCUAUCCUUCUUGGUUGAGCUGAGAAACAAAGAGACUGUAUUAGAAGAACAAGAUAGGUUGGGGGUGGGGGUAUAUGGUUGUGGGUUUUGUUUAUUUUUUUUUAAAAUUAUAAAUAAAAUAAAUGAUAAGUAAAUAAAAAAUAAACAAAUAAGGGUAAAGAACUAAAGACGCAACAAAAACAAAUAAUAGGAACCUCCCGCGUUAAAUUUUUUUUUUUUUUUUUAAAGACCUCCCAAGUUAAAAAUAUUUCUUAGGGACCAACCACACAUAUUACCCCAGACCAUAAAUACCAUUAUGUAAUUUACCCUUUAAUUUUAAGAGACAGUCUAAAUAGAUAUCUUGACACCAAAGUUUUUUUUUUAUGUAAAAUAUUUUAUUUCAUUUGCUUUUAUUUAAUUUAACCGAAUUUUUGUCACUUAUUCCGAUCUAGAAAUGGUCCGACCAGUGGUUCGAACCGUUUCUAAAACUUUGUUCCUAACCAGGUUUAGGAACCCGAAAUGCAAUCGCUUGUUGCACACUUGCACUGACGUCCCACUCAAUUACAUUCCUGCUCCACCUCAUAAAACAUAAAUCCUCCAUAGAUCACAUACCACUGCAAAAACCCUAGUCUGUCUCUCAGAAAAUCUUCAGAAGAUUGCAGAAUCUGAAGCUGAUGGCAUUGCUAGUAGUGCUAAUCAGCUAUCAGAAUGUGCAUUGCUGAUUGACUCCACUCGGAAGUCAAAGAACUCUCACCGGAGACUGUCUUGAGCUACUGUGGACAUCGACGGCGGUGCUGAAUCUGAGAAAUGUUCAACAUUUUUUUUACUGAGAAUACAUUUAUAAGUGUGUUAUAAGGUCUCCGAAGAUGAUUUUGAAUCCGGUAGAUGAUGAUGGUUGUGAAUCGGUCAAAGGCUUAACUGAGCAUUCCAGUUCGAUGUCGGAGACAGUCUUGAGAGGAACUAAAAGGAUGAGUCCGGAUGCAAAUUGCGAAAAAUCAGACAAAUGCUCACCUAAACUUUCACCGGGGAGCAGUUCGACGUCGGAGAAGCGCAUGAGAAGUUCGACUGGAAUGGAGGUCAACGGCACCGAAUCGGAUCCUUCGCCUCCGACAUUGAACGUAAGCAGUGAUUUUGUGUUCAGUGGUGAUAUUUCGCCGGUGCCGGUGCCGGUGCCGUUGACCAUUGACGGAUCUAUUAUUACUCCCAACAGCACUUCUGAAAAUCGAAGUGUUCCAGGGGAAUGCAACGGCGCCGAAUCGGACGCGUUGCCUCUGCUAUCAAACGGGUUUGGCAGUGAUUUUGCCAAGACCGACGAUGAUUCGCCGGCUCCGAUGACGAUUGACGCAUCUAUUCUUAUCCCCCAAAGCGCUUCUCAAAACAGAAGUUUUCCAGGAGAAAGCAAGGGCACGGAAUCGGACGCGUUGCCUCUGACAUUGCAAACACUUGGCAGUGAUUUUGUCAACAAUGACGAUAAUUCACCGGUGCCGUUGACUAUCGACGCAUCUAUCAUCACUAGGAAAACCGCUUCUAAAAAUAGAAGUGUUCCACGUGAAGGAGUUGAGCUAAGGAGAUCACCUCGAGUAUCUUCAACCACGUUAAGCGUUGGGAGCCAAGUAACUAAAACUAAAUCUAGAUCAACCAAGUUGCAUGUUUCAGGGCACAAUAUGGCACUACAACUAAGUUCUGAAACUCGAUCUACUUCUAAUAAGAAACAGAGAAAGCUAAAAACAGAAUCUUUUUUUGUUGGAGACCCAGUUCCUGAAGAUGAAGCUCAAGAAAAGUGGGGCUGGCGCUAUAAAUUGAAGGGUCAAAGACACAAGGGACAGAGCUCGAUAGUAAAUAUUGGUGGAGAUGAUGAAGUGCAUAUAGAUGUCUUAUGUCAUUACAUUCAAGCUAGUGUUGAUGGAUGCAUUUUCAAUCUUGGAGAUUGUGCACAUAUAAAGGGCGAGGGAAAGCAAAAACAUGUUGGCAGGAUUGUGGAGUUUUUCAAAACAUCUGAUGAUAAAAAUUACUUUAGAGUGCAGUGGUUUUUCAGAGCUGAAGAUACGGUUAUGAAAGAAGCUGCUGCUAUUCUAGACAAGAAGCGUUUAUUUGCCUCCACUUUAAUGAAUGACAACUUAUUAGACUGUAUACUUUCUAAAGUCAAAAUAAUAGAAAAAGCUCCUGGGUUAACCUCUAUUCAUCCAUCUGACUAUUAUUGUGACAUGGAGUAUUCUGUAAAAUAUUCAACAUUCCGCUCCUUGCUUACUGCUAAAGAUAAUUCAGUAGCAAGAUGUGGUUUGACUUUGACCACACCAAGUUGUCUUGAUGCUAACAAUAUGGGCAUAAGUACAACUCCAUUAGAUGUAGUUAAAAGUGACAUGCACAAAGCUGAGCUGGCAUUAUUAGAUCUGUAUGCUGGUUGUGGUGGAAUGUCUACUGGACUGUGUCUUGGUGCCAAACUUUCUGGUGUUAAACUUGUUACAAAAUGGGCAAUUGAUUAUCAGAAGUCCGCGUGUGACAGCUUGAAACAAAAUCAUCCAGAAACACAAGUUCGACAUAUAACAGCUGAAGAUUUCCUGCAAUUAUUGAAGGAAUGGGAAAAACUAUGCAAAAAAUACGUGUUUAAUGAUCAUGAUAUAAAAACUAAAUCUGAUGAUGAUAAAAAAUCCAAAAUCAAUGAAUCUUCUGUAGAGGAUGAUGAGGUUGCUCCUGGAGAGUAUGAAGUUUCAAGUCUUGUUGAUAUAUGUUAUGGAGAUCCCAGUAGUACAGGCCAGGAUGGGUUAAAGUUUAAGGUGAGAUGGAAGGGGUAUGGUCCAACUGAUGAUACAUGGGAGCUAAUUGAAGGAUUAAGUGAUUGCCAAGACCACAUACAAGAUUUUGUCAGACAUGGAUACGAGUCCAAGAUAUUGCCACUUCCAGGUGAUGUGGAUGUUAUAUGUGGAGGUCCUCCAUGUCAAGGGAUCAGUGGCUAUAAUCGGUUUAGAAACAUGGAUAAUCCACUGACUGAUGAAAGAAAUCAGCAAAUAGUUGUGUUUUUUGACAUAGUAAAAUUCUUAAAACCUAAAUAUGUGUUGAUGGAAAAUGUUGCUGAUAUCUUAAGAUUUGAUAAAGGUUCUUUAGGAAGAUAUGCUUUAAGUCGUUUAAUUCAUAUGAAUUAUCAAGCAAGACUCGGGCUUAUGGCUGCUGGCUCUUAUGGUCUUCCACAAUUUAGGUUACGUGUUUUUAUAUGGGGUGCUCUUCCAACUCAGAGACUACCUCAAUUUCCACUUCCUACACAUGAAGUUAUUGUCAGAUACUUUCCUCCAGCUGAGUUUGAGCAACAUACAGUUGCUUAUGAUGAAGGCCAACCUAGAGAGCUUCAAGAAGCCAUUGUUCUUCGUGAUGCCAUCUCUGAUCUGCCACCUGUUACAAGCCAUGAUGAACGUGAAGAAAUCCCAUAUGAAAUGCCUCCACAAACAGAGUUUCAAAAGUAUAUAAGAUUAACAAAAGAUGAGUUUAAUGGUUAUGAUUCAAAAGGGGAUACAGAUUGCAAAAACUCUGUUCUCACAGAUCAUCGAACAUAUAAAUUAUCUGAAGAUGAUUUUCAUCGAGUGUGUUAUGUUCCACACAGAAAGGGAGCAAGUUUCAGAGACUUCCCUGGAAUACUUGUGAGUUCUGAUAAUGUGGUUCGCCUCAAUAAAAAAGUGGAACAAGUGUUGCUUCCAUCUGGAAAGCCAUUGAUACCAGAUUAUGUAUUCACCUUUGAAAAAGGAAGAUCUAGAAGGCCAUUUGCAAGAUUAUGGUGGGAUGAAAACGUGCCAACUGUCUUAACAAUCCCAAAUCUUCACAGCCAGAAAGCAUUACAUCCAGAGCAGGACAGAGUCCUGACUGUAAGAGAGUGUGCAAGGCUGCAAGGGUUUCCUGAUCAUUAUAGAUUUUGUGGCAAUGUUAAAGAAAGGUAUUGUCAGGUGGGAAAUGCUGUGGCUGUUUCUGUUUCAAAGACGUUAGGGUAUGCACUUGGAAUGGCUUUCAAGAAAUUAAGUGGAGAUGAGGCACUCAUGACUUUACCCCCUGGUUUUGCUUUCCAAGUACCCCCACCCCCACUUGAGGAAUUUUCUUCUCAGCUUUAGAAAAAAAAAAAAAAAAAACAUCAAUGAUUUCUUUAUAUGAGUAUCUAACACGUUUUCAUUGUUGUAAUUUAAUAAAUUAUAUAAAAUUUUACAAAUUGCAUGAUGAUAAUUUGUUUGUUAA